AUGUCAACAACAUCAACUUCAACCAGAAGAAAAGGGCCACAAACUAGAACAACCAAUGCCAUCUCUGAGGCAGGAAUUAAUCUAGAAGAGGUUCCCGAAUUCUUAGAAGGAUGUGUGUUUCUUGUCGAUACCAUCAAUUUUGACGAAAAUGAAGCAGAACUGUACAAAGAAAUGAUAAAGAAACUAGGAGGAGAAGUGACCACCGUUUACAAAAGCAGCAUCACUCACUUGCUUACAAGUCUACAAAAAGGAGAAAAUUAUUUCAAGGCAUUGGAGGAUAAGAAAACAAUUGUCUCUAGUUUUUGGCUUGAUGAUUGUAUUUUAGUUCACGGAGUUCAACCACUUGUUAUUACAGAAAAACAUGGAAGAAAAAUUCAAAACCCUCUCCACUAUCCCGUUAAGGAUUAUCCAAUUACUGAAAUGCAAUCAUUUAACUUUGCUCUUUCUGGAUUUUCGAAAAAAGAAAAACUUAGAUUCCAAUAUUUAAUUACGGCAAUGGGUGCAAGGUUUUCAAGCAACAUGACCCAAGAAAAUACUCAUCUGUUGUACAAGACGCCAAGCGGACCCAAGUAUGAAACCUCUCUUAAAUGGGGCAUUAAACGAGUGGACAAAAAUUGGUUAUUUGAAUGUGCUCGUGACUGGAAAUUAGUACCAAUACCUUCAACCACAGAAGACAACCAAAAUCAAAACCAAAAGAGAGUUUUGGGAGCUCAAGAUGCCUCAACCAAAAAGCGAAAAACCGAAGAGGAGUAUGAAAAUCCGACCAUUGAGUCGUUAAUGACCUCUCAGUACAGAAAAUAUUUAUUUUUAAACCUUGAUUCAAUUGAACAGCUUAAAACAUACUGUGAAAAGGUUUUAGUUGAAAAGAAUAAUUCAAAAGUAUUACUUGUAAGGCAAUCCGCAGAAAACAAUGAAGAAGUGAUUGACAUUGAUUCAUUUUUAAGUGGAAGACUUGACAUUCAAGAAUUUAUUGAAAAAAACAAACAUAAUUUAACCGUCAUUGAUAGUGAAAGAAGUAUGACUGCCGUUUUGACCACCUCUCAAUCUGCAGAGUCAGGUAUGGAAAGCAAGUUUUUGGUGUUGGGUCCAAUAGAAAUACCGACCUUGGAGACAUUUAAUGGGCAACCCUAUCAAGCAAAGAAAACAGGAUUAUUGUAUGAUCCACGAAUGUGUUUACAUGAGGGACCAAUUCCUGAGACACCAGUUCGUAUUAGUCACAUUUGGAAUAUGAUACAAGAAAAUCAUUUAUUGGAAGAAUGUGAAAUUAUGAAAUCUCGUGAAGUUACUACUCAAGAGCUAAGCUUGGUCCAUAGCGAGCAGUAUAUCAAUGACUUUUUUGAAUUUAAAGGCCAAUUUACCCCAACAGAAAGUUGUAACAUGCUCCUUCAAGGUAUUGUAUCAGACAAUGAGUACAAGAAUGAAGAUAUUCAUGUCAAUCAAUUCAGUCUAAAGGCUGCAAGACUUGCUGCAGGAGGAGUGAUCAAAUUGACAGAGAAAGUUUUAAAUGGAGAGUUGGACAAUGGAAUGGCUAUCAUUCGACCACCAGGACAUCAUGCUCAAACUGAAGAUCCCAUGGGUUUUUGUUUCUUUAACAAUGUUGCAGUUGCAGCACGUGUUGCUCAAAAGUUUAAGAACGUCAACAAGGUGGCCAUCAUUGAUUUUGAUAUCCAUCAUGGAAAUGGUACUCAAGAAAUUUUUGAAGAUGAUCCUUCUGUGCUUUAUGUUUCAAUUCACAGAUUUGAACAAAGUUACUUCCCUGGAACAGGAUCUCUUGAAGAAGUUGGUAUUGGAAAGGGAGAAGGAUUCACUCUUAAUGUUCCUUUACCACCCAAAGAUUUCAAAAUAUCACCAACAGCUACUUUUGGUGACGCUGAUUACAUUGCAAUUUUUAGACAAAUUAUUAUUCCAGUAUGUCAUGAGUUUGCUCCAGAUUUAGUGAUUGUUUCAGCAGGUUUUGACGCUGCAAAAGGAGAUAUUUUAGGAAAGAGAAUGUCUCUAACGCCUACUGGCUAUGAACAUAUUAUUGCAAUGCUAAAACAAUUAGCUGGAGGUAAGCUUGUUUUAGCAUUAGAAGGAGGGUACAAAACAGAUGUUACUGCUAGCUGUGCUACUGCAUCACUCAAAAGCUUGCUUAACCACCCUCUUUCACCUCUAACAUCAAAACCUCCUUCUAAAGCAACUAAUAUUGCAAUCAAACAGGUGAUUGCACAACACGCUCCAUAUUGGAAAUGCUUGAAAUCAUUUUCUGAGAUAUUUUUAGAAGGAAUUGGACAACAACUUCCACUAAAAUCCAUCCGACCUCAUCCCAAGUAUGUAACAGUGGUACCUAAUACAUCCUCAAAGCCAAUUAAACAACCUGAGGAGGAUACUGAAAUGACUGAUCAAACGCCAUCACUUGGCAAUCAAACCACUUCUCCUCGUAUUGCACCAAAAGAAAAUAUUAUCAUUGUGGACAUUCAUGGUAAAGGCGACUUUUGUACCAUUUCUGAAGCGUUACAGUUUGUUGAGACAAUUGGAGAAAAUUUACACUUUGAUGAAGUUAAUUCUGAAUCUUUUAAACAAAAGGUGAUUAUUCACUUGAAAUUGGGUCUCUAUCAAGAACAACAAGAUGUUGUAAUAGACUCCAAAUUUAGUCACAAAAUUAUUCACAUUAUUGGAGAGGAUCAAGUUGAUGGAACUGGUUGUCCUAUAAUUUUCUCGAAAACGCCAUUGAUUAUCAGCAAUUCAAAUGUGGUGAUUGAAAAUUUAUAUUUCAAAAAGAAUGACGAAUAUGACACUGGUGUAAAACUUGACAUUAAUUGUGAUUGUGAGAUUAGAAAUUGCAGAUUUAGAAAGGCGAACAUUGUUUCUAACUCUUCUGAAACAAAUCUCAAGAUCACUAACUGUGAGUUUAAAGAUGUCAACGGAAUUGCAUGUGAUGUGCAUGGAAGUGUCGUAACUAUUGACAAAUGCAAAUUCUUGUUUAACACCACAGCUGUUCAAUGUGACAAGGCAACCCUCAAACUUUCUGGAAGUUUAGUAUCCAGCCAAACAGGAAAGGCCAUAAUACUUAACCAAUCGGCAGGCUCCAUCCAUAAUAAUGAAAUUAUUAGAAACAAAGGACUAGGAAUUCAAAUGUCGAAUGACUGUAGAGACGUAAAGAUAUUUGAAAAUUCUAUUUUCGGUCAAGCAAGUGCUGGAAUUGUCGCACAUGAAAAAUGUAAAGUGACAAUCAAAAACAACAAGAUAUUUGAAAACCAAUUUGCAUCUAUUGAGAUUUCGGUAAACUCUACAGCUGAUGUUAUUGAGAAUGAAAUUUAUAGAGGAAAGCUUUGUGGAAUAUUAUUUGUGGAUGGCUGCUCUGGAGUUAUUGAAGGCAACAAGAUUUAUGAAAACAGCUUUGCAGGAAUUGAAAUUAGAAACUCAUUCCCAACCAUCAGGAACAAUAUCAUUUCAAACAAUUCACAAAGUGGAAUUCAUUUAAAAGGCCAAUUAACAGAUACUAGAGUACUCAUCACUGGAAAUGAAAUUUUUGAAAAUAGUUUCUCUGGCAUUGAAGUUAAAAGCCUAGCACACCCUCAAAUCAUUGGAAACACUAUUAGGAACGGUAAAAAACAAGGAAUUGUAGUCAUUGAACAAGGAAAAGCACAUAUUGAACGAAAUGAAAUUUUUGGUAAUGCCUCAGACGGAAUUAGUAUCAUUGGACAUGCAGAGAUAUUUGUGAAAGAAAAUCAAAUCAAAAUGAACAAAACUUCUGGAAUUAGAGCAAAAGAGUCAUCAGCAGUAAUUACUGACAAUAUUAUAACAGCCAAUGGAGAGAAUGGAAUUGUCAUCAAAGGAUGUGAAACUAUUGAAAUUACGAAAAACACUAUUUCUGAACAUACUUCUCAUCCGUCUAUUGCAAUUUCCGAAUGCAACUCUUUCAAUCUGACUCCAGACAAUGUAUUUACCAAUAAUUUAUCAAACCCAAUUCCUACCAAUGGAUUUGUUGUAUUGAGAAAGUAA